AUAAAUUUUUAAAUCAAAACCGUCGACAGGAGGUUCGUAUUCAGAUCAGAUUUAAUUUUCGGGUCACUGCUGCCACGAGAUUACUUUAUUUCAUUCCCCCAACCGAAACCAUGGUGUGGCUUCUGAGGAACAAGGACGAUCUCUACCAGCAACUGGCCUGCGCCGGGGACAAGCUGGUGGUGCUGGACUUCUUCGCCACUUGGUGCGGCCCCUGCAAGAUUAUGGCCCCCAAGGUGGAGGAGCUGGCCGAGCAGUAUUCGAACCGCGCCGUGGUGCUCAAGGUGAACGUGGACGAGUGCGAGGACAUCGCGCUGGAGUACAACGUUUCCUGCAUGCCGACCUUCGUGUUCAUCAAGGCCGGCGAGGUCGUGGAGCAAGUCGUCGGCGCUAACUUGGCCAUGGUGGCCAAGGCAAUGGAGAAGCACGUGGGGGGAGUGGAUGCCACCGAGCAGGGUUGUUCCGCCAACUGCUCGGGCACCGAGGAUGUGCCCAGCGGAGGCACCUCUCCCUCGCCCAGCAUCAGUGCCGACGACGUGGUCAUCUGCGACAUAUCCGAGCACGAGCAGGAGGCCGAGGUGGAGCACUAGGAAUCCAGACUGCCAUACGAAACACCUCCAAAUUGGGAAUCUCUUCGGUGCUAACAAGCGCUAGAAGAAACAUAACGCCAAGCUGACAUACUGAUAUGAACUUAUUACUAUUUCAAGAACCACGACAAGAAUCUUUAUCGAAACAGAAACUCUUCCUGAUGUCGACUUGGUAUGAAGCACUUCAAGAAUUACAUGAUGGUGUAUAAAUCAGGCUGAUAAACAGUUCAAAAACCACUAUGAAAACUGACACUUCUUUAUCACAACAAAAAAACGACAAGAUUCAGAUUCUACAUAAAAUAGGUGCCAUCGAACGGAUCAUAAGACACUAUGGAUGUUUCUUUUCUCUUCCUGUUUCUAACCUAGAACUAUCCAGAUAGUGCAGUAGCCGGAAACGAAUCUCAAUACUUAAUACUUACUUAAUUCGUUAGCUGGAUCAAAACAAUGUUACUUCGGAUGAGCCUGUGCUAGGUUUGACAACGCCUUGAAUGUCGGUACGCCACAAACUUGAAAUACUAUAUAUGCAAUUUUUCAAAAGAAAUAUGUACAAUAGACUGCACAAUUUGCUGGUUUCGGAAAGUUUUCUCAAACAAAAUAGGGAAACUUUAUUGAAUAAAGAUUACCUUUCCCGACAAA